GGCCGGCUCACUCGGCCAAUGAGCGGCGCGCGGACCGAACGCGCGUCCGUCCGGCGACCGGUGCGACGUUGCCAGCUCUCGACAAAAAAAUACCAGAUUCGACCUUCUUAGGACCCUCGUUUUUUUUUUGUUUGGCCGCGUUAUCAUUCCGGAACGCGUAGUGUGUAACCCUUAUCCGAGUGAUGGUGUUCUAUAGGUGCCACUACGGCUAUAGGUGAAUUUUUAGUGCAGUGCUAUAGUGUAUUAUGGUGUGGUCGGCGCCUUCGGGGGAAGUCUUGAUUGACAUCAUUUCAAGGCCCGGGCAGACGGAGCACGGGCACGGGGCGCUGGCGUACGGCGGCAAGCAGACGGGCGUGGCGCCGGCGAGGCCCGCGGCGCCCUACGCGCCGCCCACCUACCCCUCCGCGCUGCGCCUGCACCAGCCCUAUGGAGCCGCCGCGCUGUCCUUCAGGGACGGAUAUGUGCGCGACGGCGGCAUCGCGAACGACUUCCGCGCGGGCGCGCGCAUGUCGCUGCUGGGCUCGGCGUACCUGGCGCCGCCCGCGCCGCCCGCGCACCACCCGCCGCCCGCCGACCCGCCGCCCUUCAAGAAGAUCCGCCUCGCCGCGCAGCGCCCCGCCGCCAAGCACCAGCAGCUGCGCGUCGACACACGGGAGCCGGUGAUGAAUUUGUACAACAACACGGUGGAAGUGCUGUCACCCAAUAACCCCUCCGACACCACCCUCGAGGACCAGAGCUUUCGCACCACCAAGGAUGACUUACUACAGCAGAUAUCCAAGGUGGAUCGAGAGAUGGCGCUGUCGGAGACGACGCUGCAGAAGCUGAAGAAAAAGCAACAGGAGCUGGAGCAGACGGCGUCCAAGCCCGCGCUCAAGGAGGAGCCCGAGGAGCUGCCCUCGCGCCACCGCAGCCUGGCGCAGUGCAUCUACGCCGACAACAGGAAGAGGGCGGCGGCGGCGCACGCGGCGCUGGCGCACCUGGGCCCGCCGGUGCGCUACCCGCUGUACAACCAGCCCGAGGACGCGGCCGUGUACCACGACAACAUCCGCCGGCACCGCGCCUUCAGGAAACGCCUCGCCGACCAUCUCAAGGGCGUGCGCCUCGACACUGAGAAGCGGGAAGACGCGCUGACGGAGGAGUACAGCCGGCGCGCGGCGGAGUGGAUCCGACGCGUGGAGAGGAUCGAGCAGGGUCAGAAACGGAAGGCGAAGGACGCCAGGAACCGAGAGUUCUUCGAGAAGGUGUUUCCCGAGCUGCGCAAGGCGCGCGAGGAGCGGGAGCGGUUCAACCGGCUGGGCGCGCGCGUCAAGUCGGAGGCCGAGCUGGAGGAGAUCGCGGACGGGCUGCACGAGCAGGAGCACGAGGACAAGAAGAUGCGCUCGCUCACCGUGGUGCCGCCGCUGAUGCGCCACUCCCCCCAGCACUUCGACACCAACAGCCGCUGCAUGGACAUGGAGACGGAGUACAAGGAGCUGAAGCUGCGCAACGUGUGGACGCGCGCCGAGAAGGAGGUGUUCCGCGAGAAGUACCUGCAGCACCCCAAGAACUUCGGCCAGAUCGCCUCCUUCCUGCCCAGGAAGAGCGUGCGGGACUGCGUCAGGUUCUACUACCUGUCGAAGAAGGCGGAGAACUACAAACAGCUGCUGAGGAAGCCGCGGCCGAGGCGGCACGCGCGGCCCCGGCCCGCGCCGGAGCCCGAGCUGCCCGCCGGUGUCACCACAAGAUUGCAGCGGAUACAGGGAACGGCGCGAGUGGUGGAUAAGGAUGCGAGUAUGGACGAAAUGGCGGUGCCACUCGACCCAACGCCCGUCGAUCUCAUCCCUGUACCGCCCGCUGCCCCCGCGCACCCCGGCAGGUCAGUCCACCCGAGCAUGGACGAGCUGGCGGCGCCCCUGGUGCCCACGCCCGUCGACCUCAUCCCCGUGCCGCCCGCCGCCCCCGCGCACCCCGCCAGGUCAGAACUGAGCAGUACGCCUCCCUUACCGCCAUCGCCGCCGCCCGCCUCGUCGGCGCCUCCGGCCCCGGUCGUGAGCACGGGCAGCGCCAGCCCGAGCGCGACGAGCGGCCCGAGCGGCCUCACCGGCCUCGCCGGCUCGCCGGGCCUCAGCGCUUCCAACUGUUCCAGUUUAGACGGAUUCAGCAAUCCGAGUGGACUUAUCCCAAUGAGUACUUGUAGUGCAAGUUUGAGUGUGCCCAGUGCGGUGGCGAGUACUAGCAGUGCAGUGAGUGUAGUGACUAGUGUGUCGGGCCCUGUCGGCAGCCCGGCGGUGUCGGCGCCGACGCCGCCGGCGUCCGACGCGCCCGCCGCCUCGCUGACGGACCUGCCGGUGACGGUGGCGGCCACCACUGCCACGGUUAUCACUACGACGUCAGUACCCAGCGGCGGCGCGGUGUCGACGUGUCUGUCGGGCAGCGCGCCGCCCACGCCGCAGCCGGCGCAGCCGCCCACGCCCACGCACCCGCCGCCCACGCCCGAGCCCGCGAUGACGGAACGAACGAGCACCCCGUCUUCGAUAGCUCUGCCGAGCGCGCCCAGCACGCCCGUGUCCGUGGGCGCGCCCGUGACGGCCGUGGGCGCGUGCGCGGUGUGCGCGGCCGCCGGCGCCUCGCGCGCCGUGGCGCCCUCGCGCGCCGCGCAAUACGGCCUCGACCCCGCCGCGGCCGGCGCGCGGGUAUGUGAAGCGUGCCACUGCAGAUUCGUUCGCGCGCGAAGAAGUCGCUGCACCGUGCCGUCGUGCGCCGGCCCGCGCGCCAAGCGGCUGCGCCACCUGCCGCCGCGCUGGCACGACCUGCCCGUGGACAUGAAGAGGCCCCUCAUGGACGAAUUCCAAAUCCCGAGCGAUCUCAGCAAGUGCUGCCUGACGUGCUUCAAGCGGAUCACCCGUCGGCUGGACACGGUCGGGUCGGGCGGCGCCGCGCCCGAGCCCAGCGAGGAGGAGGCGGCCGGCUUCCGCGCGCUGCUGCGCGAGCACGGCACGGCGUGGGAGCGCAUGGCGGCGGCGAGCGGGCGCGCGCCGGCCAGCCUCAAGGCCUUCUAUUUCACGUACCGGCGCAAGCUGCAGCUGGAGGCGCUGCUGAGCGAGCGCCAGCCGGCGGCGCGCGCCAGCGACACGGACGACAGCCUGCUCAGCUCGGGCGACACGGACACGGCCAGCGCCGACUCGCCGCGCCCGCCGCCGCUGCCGGGCCCGCGCACCGACGCCGUGGCGCCGCGCCGCCACCGCCGCGACGAGUACGACUCCUCCGCCACCGAGACCGCCGACGAGGAGAACGACGCGCCCAGCGCCAAGAGCGUCGCGCCGGCGCCCGCGCCCGCGCCCGCGGUGUCGGCGGUGGCGGGCGCCACCAGCUCCAACCCCGCGCUGUCCGUGUCGGCGGUGGGCGCGACGGGCGCAGUGGGCGCGGUGGGCUCCGUGGGCGGCAUGGGCGGCAUGAGCACGGUGGGCAGCGUGAGCGCCGUGGGCGGCACGCCGCUCACGGUGCGCGACGUGGUGCUGAACAUGAUCGAAGUGAGCCUCAUGCGCAACUCGCGCCCCGUGCCGCCGCACUCCGCGCCGCAGCCCGUCAGCCACCCGCACGCGCAGCCGGCUAAGGUGUCGCACGAGCCGCUCGCGACGCUGACGGUGGUGAGCGGCGCGGGGCACGCCAGCUCGCCGCACUCGCCGCGCUCGCCGCACCGGGGCGCCACCAUCACGCCGCUGCCGCCCGACGGCAAGGACGUCAUGCUGCUGCACAUCGAGCCGCGCGCGCCGCACCUGCUGCCGCACGCGCACCCGCACGCGCCGCACGCGCCCGCCGACCCGCUCGACCUCAGCGAGAAGCGGCCGCGCCACGACCUGCCCAAGCCUCAACACCGCAACGCGGAGUACGCGGCGUAUCGCGCGGCCGAGCGCCAGUCGCCUACACAGUACAACUCCAAGCCCAAGCCCGUGGCGUCCCCGCGCCCGUCGCUCAAGCUGGCGGCCAACCCUAAGGGCUCCAUCACGCUGGGCACGCCCGUGGAGGCGCGCUACGAGCCGCAGCGGGCGCCGUCGGACCCCAAGGGCGGCUCCAUCACGGCCGGCACGCCGGUGCACGCGCCGCACCACCUGCCGGAGAAGCGCAACCUGGAGUACCGGCGGCGCAGCCCGGGCGGCGCCUACGCGUACGCGGGCGCGGGCAGCCAGCCGCGCCCGCAGUCACCUUCCUCCUUUCAAAAUGCGACAGCAACAGCGGCAUCGCGCGGCACGUACGGGCUCGAGAGGCGGCAGAUCAUGCUCACAGACUACAUCACCUCGCAACAGAUGCACGGUGUGGUGAGGCGGGAGCGGGAGCCCUCGCACCACCACCAACAGCAGCAACAUCAGCAGCAGCAGCAGCACCAACAGCAACAGCAUCAGCAGCAGCAACACCAGCAACAGCAGCAGCAUCAGCAGCAACACCACCAACAGCAACAGCACCAACAGCAGCAGCAUCAGCAGCAGUUGCAACACCAGCACCAGCCGAUCAGAAGGGACCGCGACACGGUGUCCGUGAUACAGAAACACACGCACACCUACUCGCACGUCCAACCUCCACCCGGUCACGAGGCGUUCGCGCAACUAGUGAACGCGGCUUCGGUGGCGCCUGCACUGCCCGUGCCGCGGCGCGACGAGCCCGCGCCCGAGCCGCCGUCCGCGUCGCCGCUGCACCACGCGCAGCACAUGCACCACGACAUCAGAGGCUCGCGCGAGUUCAGCAUGUCUCAGAAGUACCACCCGCAGUACCAGCAGACGGAGCGGCGCGCGCCGCAGCCGCAGCAGCGGGAUGUCAGAGACAGUCGAGAACGAAUGGUGCCGAUGCAAGAGCGGCACUACGUGAUAGAGCAGCACCAGUCGCACCCGCAGCACCAGCCGCACCAGCAGCAUCAGCAACAUCAGCAGCACCAGCAACACCAGCAGCACCAGACGCACCAGCAGCACCAACAUUCGCAACAGCAGCAGCUGCUGAUAGAUCGCCAUCUAAUACCUACACAUUCACAGAACAUGUUGAGCGCGGACGAGCGGCGCGCGGCCAACGCGAGCGCGGCGAAUGCAGCCUACGGCGCGGGCAAGCGACCCUUACACGCGCUCGACAGGAAAGACGGACGCACGUCGGUGAGCGUGGCCAGCGCGGCGGGCGCGGGCGCGGGUGUGGCCACGGUGUCGGCGGCGGGCGUGGGCGCGGCCACGGGCGCCGAGCUGUUCGCCGCCUCGCUCAUCAACGCCAUCAUCACGCAGAAGAUCAGCCAGACCAGCAACCAGAGGUACCCUUCGAAGAUCAUCCGCGAGAGCGACGGCGUGCUGCCGCAGUCGGAGCGUCUGCUGCUGGAGCACCAGCACCGCGAGCGGGAGGCGGAGGCGGAGCCGGCGCCGCAGCACACCACCAGCAUGAAGCUGGGCGACCUCGCCUCCAACAUCAUCGUGCGCGACUUCAGCAGCCCCAACACCAACUCGCUGCUGCACCACAACAAUCGCUUUGCGGUGUCGAGUGCGGACACGUACGCGGCGGGCGCGACGAGCGGCGCGGCGAGCGGCGCGGCGGGCGGCGCGGGGGGCGGCGGCGCGGGCGGCGCGGGGGGCGACGAGUGGCGCCGCGACGCGCCGAAGCACGCGCCCUACCUCGAGCCCGUGUCGCCGCCCGACAACCACCACACGGGUCGCGGCGGCGGCGGCGGCGGCGGCGGCAGCGGCGGCGCGCGGCGGUACAGCGCGGCGCACGUGGGCGGCGGCAGCGUGCUCACGGCGUACGACUACGUCACGACGCGCAUCGUGGAGGUGAUGCGCAGCGACGAGGAGCGCAGCAAGCCGCCCUUCCACCCGCCCACCUCCUACGCCUACCCGUACUCCGCGCUCAACGUGUCCACGCCCGCCACCGACGGGCCGACGGUGACCGGCGGCGCGAGCCCGGCGGCGCCGCUGCCCGCGCCCGUGCAGCCCGAGCCCGCGCCGCUCAUGUCGGCGCAGUACGAGCCGCUGUCGGACGAGGACUGACGCCCCGUGCGCCCCGCGCCCGCGCCCGCGUCCCGCGCCUAGCGCUCGCACCCCCCGCGCGGGGGGGAGCGCGCCUCCGUCAUACGCCACGCCGCGCCCGCGCGAUGACGAGACGAGCCGUGACGUCACCACACCCACGCC